ACAAUAACUGUCCAGACAAUAACUGUCCAGACAAUAGCUGUCUAGACAAUAGCUGUCCAGACAAUAGCUGUCUAGACAAUAGCUGUCCAGAUAAUAACUGUCCAGACAAUAAAUGUCCAGACAAUAACUGUCCAGACAAUAACUGUCAAGACAAUAACUGUCUAGACAAUAACUGUCUAGACAAUAACUGUCUAGACAAUAACUGUCUAGACAAUAACUGUCUAGACAAUAACUGUCUAGAAAAUAACUGUCUAGACAAUAACUGUCUAGACAAUAACUGUCUAGACAAUAGCUGUCUAGACAAUAACUGUCCAGCCAAUAGCUGUCCAGACAAUAACUGUCCUGACAAUAACUGUCCAGACAAUAACUGUCCAGACAAUAACUGUCCAGACAAUAACUGUCCAGACAAUAACUGUCCAGACAAUAGCUGUCCAGACAAUAGCUGUCCAGACAAUAACUGUCCAGACAAUAACUGUCCAGACAAUAACUGUCUAGACAAUAACUGUCUAGACAAUAACUGUCCAGACAAUAACUGUCCAGACAAUAACUGUCCAGACAAUAACUGUCCAGACAAUAGCUGUCCAGACAAUAGCUGUCCAGACAAUAAAUGUCCAGACAAUAGCUGUCCAGACAAUAAAUGUCCAGACAAUAGCUGUCCAGAUAAUAACUGUCCAGACAAUAACUGUCCAGACAAUAACUGUCCAGACAAUAGCUGUCCAGACAAUAGCUGUCCAGACAAUAGCUGUCCAGAUAAUAACUGUCCAGACAAUAGCUGUCCAGACAAUAACUGUCCUGACAAUAACUGUCCAGACAAUAACUGUCCAGACAAUAGCUGUCUAGACAAUAGCUGUCCAGAUAAUAACUGUCCAGACAAUAAAUGUCCAGACAAUAACUGUCCAGACAAUAACUGUCAAGACAAUAACUGUCUAGACAAUAACUGUCUAGACAAUAACUGUCUAGACAAUAACUGUCUAGACAAUAACUGUCUAGACAAUAACUGUCUAGAAAAUAACUGUCUAGACAAUAACUGUCUAGACAAUAACUGUCUAGACAAUAGCUGUCUAGACAAUAACUGUCCAGCCAAUAGCUGUCCAGACAAUAACUGUCCUGACAAUAACUGUCCAGACAAUAACUGUCCAGACAAUAACUGUCCAGACAAUAACUGUCCAGACAAUAACUGUCCAGACAAUAGCUGUCCAGACAAUAGCUGUCCAGACAAUAACUGUCCAGACAAUAACUGUCCAGACAAUAACUGUCUAGACAAUAACUGUCUAGACAAUAACUGUCCAGACAAUAACUGUCCAGACAAUAACUGUCCAGACAAUAACUGUCCAGACAAUAGCUGUCCAGACAAUAGCUGUCCAGACAAUAAAUGUCCAGACAAUAGCUGUCCAGACAAUAAUGUCCAGACAAUAGCUGUCCAGAUAAUAACUGUCCAGACAAUAACUGUCCAGACAAUAACUGUCCAGACAAUAGCUGUCCAGACAAUAGCUGUCCAGACAAUAGCUGUCCAGAUAAUAACUGUCCAGACAAUAGCUGUCCAGACAAUAACUGUCCUGACAAUAACUGUCCAGACAAUAACUGUCCAGACAAUAGCUGUCCAGACAAUAGCUGUCCAGACAAUAGCUGUCUAG